ACCACACACACACACACACACACACAAACAUCCCCUUUCUCAGAACGUCUUUAUACGAACGCCGAUGUCUACAAGCAAGAUAUUCCCCACGAGUGAAAUUUUCCCAUUUUGACGGACUUUUGAUCGUAAACUGAAUGAAGAUGGAACAAAAACAAGAAAAUAUAGAAGGAAUAUGUCCUACGGAACCUGAAAAGGAUGCUAAAGACUGAAACCCAUUUGCUGCUACCACUAUGGCCAAACAGUUUCUUAUCAUAUUCAUAUUCAGCCAUGUUCACAGGAAAGCCAAAACGAGAAUUCGUCCGAACAUGCAAUUUUUAUGUCUUGAAGAAGAAAAGAUAUUGCCGCAUGUUAGUAAGACCAGGCCUGAAUUAUUGUGGUCAACACCUUGUUGAAGAACCUGAUGCAGAUAAAUCCUACCAACGCAAGAGAAUACCUUGUCCUCUUGACCCAAAACACUCUUGCUUUGAAGACAAUGUAGAACAUCAUGUCCUAAAAUGCAAUGCAAGAGAAUUGACAGACCUUCCAUACAUGAAGCGCAACAUAAAUCAAAGAGCUGACAUGGAGGAAGAACCAACGAAAACUCCAUUAUCAAACCUCUCAGACCAAGACUUACUGGCUUUCAUAGCCAAGGUGGAAAAAAUUCAUCAAGAUCAUGUUGGAACCAUAGAAGAAUCAGUAUUAAGCCAUAGUGCACUGGAUGAGGAGAUGAAGACACCAGGGUAUGGUUUGAGUGUGAUCAGACACCUAGGCCAGAACUCAUCAUUGCUUGGACACCUGGAGCAGUGUGGUUUGCUGGAUACAAAAUCCAAACCCACUUGUUAUGUUGAAUUUGGUGCUGGUAGAGGGCAACUUACCCAUUGGUUGACUGAAGCUGUAACUGACACCAAGAAGGCCAUGUUUGUGCUUGUGGACAGAGGGAGUCAGAGAUACAAAUUUGAUGCUAAACUGAAGUAUAGAGAGGAAUUAUCACUGUGUCGAAUUAGGGUUGAUAUACAGCAUCUUGAUCUUAGUAAUAUCGAAGGAAUAGAAUCUUACAGUCACAUUGUUGGUGUUGGCAAGCACUUGUGUGGAGGUGCAACUGACCUGACGUUAUACUGUCUGUCAAAGUUGCGUGACCCAGCUGUUUCUGGUUUGGCUUUCGCUCUGUGUUGCCAUCACCGAUGUACCUGGACAUCAUAUGUAGGCAUUAACUUCUUACAGGAAUGUGGCUUCUCCCCUGAAGAGUUCUACACCUUAACAUCCCUCACAAGUUGGGCGACAUGUAACUCACGUGAUGUUGGAAGUAAGGAAGAAAAAGAAGUCAGUGGAGAGAAAGAACUUUUGUCUAAUGCUGAUAUGGAAGGCAACCACAAAGACAAACAAACAGUGGAGAACCGCUACACCAGAUUGAAUCUGUCAGCCCAAUAUAGAGAGGAAGUUGGAAGGAAAGCUAAACAGAUACUCGAUUAUGGUCGUGUCAAAUUCUUACAAGACUGUGGAUUUAGGAGCCGAUUAGUCCAAUAUGUUACAAAAGACAUGACUCUAGAAAACAUUGCACUUGUAGCAGAAGCUUAAAGUUUUAAUAGGGAAUUAUUGCAAGGGAUUCGGUGCACAGUAUGCUUGUUUUUGAAAUACAGAUGCAUAUUAAAUAAUGCUUUAAUGCCUUUAUCAUUGUUGUUGUUGUUUAGUACACUUCAUUUGACAUGUCUGUUUAAUGUUUUACUUUUAAUGAAUAAAAGCUUAGCUUAGAUUUUUAUUCAGAGACUAUGAAACAGCCUUAUAGAUAGUGUCAAUUUUUUUUUUUUUAUGUUAUAAGGGCUUUAUGUAUUAUGCCCUCGUAAGUCAAAAAUAUUAUUGGCUGUUGAUUCAUCUGCCCCAUGAUUUACAUGAAAUUUUUAUCUUGUUUGUUUUACUUGUUGAAUUAUCUGUUUUCCUUGUAAUCUUUUUUUAGAUAAUUUUCAGGAAAUGCUUUUUUUAUUGCUAUGAUAAAAUAAUGUCUUAUAGCUUAUAGAUCUUUCAUUACUGGCCUGUGGUGUGAGUGUGUUAACCAUGUUAAAGCAUAUCAUAAAAGAGAUAUCAGUAAAAGGAGAAUAAGGAUUCUUUACAGUUAUACAUCAGGAUCUUUGGUUUAUACACUUCAGAACUACUAGCAGUGAAACUAAGUUAUCUGUGUUAUGAAACUACAUUCUGGGAGAUUUUAUUUUUUCAUUAUCAUUACUGGAAGGUAGAUUCAAAUAUGGUAUUGAAACUAUUGUAAGUUACACAGAGGCCCAGACUAUGAAUGUCUUUUUAUUGUUUUUUUUUAUUCUUAAUCAUUAAACAAAACAAAAAAUAGAAUCAAAGAUUUUUUUAUAUUUACAAACAAAAAUGCAAUAAAAAGAUCUGACUUGU